AGAAAAAGGAGGAGCGGUCGCAUUCAAGGGAUCAGAGCGAGAAUCCCCAAAAAGCGGGACGGCUCAGACGGCCGAGCUGACCGGAAACCAUCCAGACCGAAUCCGUCCCCCACGAAAAGACACCUGGACAGGGUAAUCGUGGUGCGAGUGCCCCGGUCUCAGCUGCCGAGAGCCGACACAACACAAGUACCGGAGAAACAAAACCAGAAUGGAUUUGAAGUCAGUUUAACUGCAGAGCACCACAAUGAACAAAAGGACCCAGAAAGCCUGCAGUCUGAAACCAUUUUAUCUGCUGGUUACGAUGUAGUCAAACCUUUGGAAGAUGAAAUGGAGACUCUUGGUGGAGCUACGCCUGACGUGGAAACGUGCGAAUUGCCUGAUGUGGACGUUAUGGAAAGUUCUUCUGCCGCGAAGGGAUGGGUCAUCGGCCCGUUGUUUCAGUCACUGAAGUCAAAGAUGGCCAGUUUCACAGAGAUCGUCAUGUCUCCUGUUAAACUCUUCAGAGCCAGCAGUCCUCCACCGUUCACGGACCGUUUGAACGCCCUCUGUGAUGCUGAACCUCCAGAAGAAAGCGACAUGUUUUAUUCAGAAGGACUAAACGAAAACAAUCAGGACGAUAAAACUAAUCGGCAAAGCCUUAGUGACUUCAGAGAAACACAAAGUGCUGAAACUGUCGCUCCCUGUUAUUUGACGAAUCUGCAGUUUGAUCCGCCAUCGUCGUGCAGCUCUGAUCGAACCAUAAACCAGAAGGAUUCAGCGCCGCGGCUGCAGAAUCCUCCAGCCUGCGUCGUUUCCGAAUCUUCUGAGUCCUCCGUUCUGUUGCAGUCUUCGGCCAAAGCAAGUGCCUCACAAGAGACCGAUUUAAAAUUGUCCGGCGUUGACGAGGAGCAGAAAGACCAGCCGUCCACCUGCCUGACGCCGCUGUGCAGACAAGUUGGAAACGAAUCCGAGUCAAAGAUCUCAGAAGACAAAAAUCAACAGUUUCAACUAAAUGACAGUGACUCAAGAGACGGGAACAGUACACCGUCCUGUUUCCUUCAGGCUGAUGGUGUAGAAAGUUGCUGCUUAGCUCCGCAAAGUCUCCAUAACGUUGUGAUUGACGGGACGACCAAAACCUCACCGAAGUCCUUCCUGGAUGCUCAGCAGAUGGAGACCCAACCAAACUCCGAGAUGUGUUCAGUCUCGGACGUGGUGCGGCCGAAGAGGGGGUUGAAACCGAACUGUCAUUUUAAAGACUCCGUAAAGAGGAAAAAGACGACGGCUGAUACAAGAAGUCAACCGCUAUCACAUGUUGCUUGUCACAUAAAGGGUGCAAGGACAUCAAGAAGGGGAGCAGCACUGAUGAACAUUACGCCCGAGGAGGAAACGGCAAAGCUUGACAGCAGAAGGCCGGUUAUGCUGACAAAAGCAAAACGAAAAGGAAAAAACGGAGAAGAAUCUGCGAUUAUGUCUCAUAUUGAAAGUUCCUCCGAAGCUGUGUCGAUUUGUUCGCUGGAUAAAAGCAGCCGUGAGCCACACGACAACCCACAGGGCAGCCGGGCGAAGACGAGAAGAACUCUAAUGAAACACGGAGUAAUCAAUGAUAACUGCAUGGAUGUGGAAACUUCUCCGCCAAUAGCCUCGACGAAACAAACUGAGGAGCAGCAGUUGUCCGUAGUUCUCGUCUGUCCUGACAGGAAGCGACCCCAGUCCGCAGGCAGGCGCAUCAGCACCAACAAGAUGCCGUUAAAACGAAAAACGACGCAUCGUUUGAGUCCAUUGCCCGAGAGCCCUGCGGCGUCAACCUCACCAGUUGAACUAGAACCCGUUAAAGGUUUGUGCACCUCUCACGGUGCACAAAGAGCAGACAGCUUAGCUGCAGGACUGAGCCAACCGUCCAAGAGGUCCAAAACCAGUCCUAGGAGUGCCGUGACGUGCUCGGGGUUCAGCCGAACUCCAGAGGCGCAACAGCGAAUCAGCAACUUUCAUUCAAACACCGCAGAGGAACAGAACGGCGAAAUGGAUCCUGCGUAUUUUGAAAGUAAUCCCAAACCCGUUCAAUCCCACCCCCAGCUUAAUUUAGACUGUUAUGUCCAGUUAAACAAAGAUGUGCUGGUCACAGAUGAGAUUUUUCUCACGUACUCUGAAAGCAGAACCCGUCCUCCACUUGGUCCCAUCGGUAGACGAACAAGAGACGAUAAUCACAGGAGACGAUGCAGGGUGCCGCCGGGUAGAACGCACCGAAAUGAGGAGGGCUCAAAGUCCGUCACCAUGGAGGACGCAGACCUGGCUUCAUCGCUCGCCUCAGAAACCAGCUUUUCCAUGUGCCUGCUGCGCAGCUACUCCUGUCCAGAGAUCCCGUCCCUUUGUCCCCGCGACUCGGCCUGGACGUCUCCGCACUCCUUGCAUCACAGCAGGACGCCAGCUUUGAACCGCCACAGCCAUUUUGUCUCUCGCAAAUCUGUGAGGCGAGCUCGAAGGCACACGGUCUGCAGCGUGGAGGUGGAGAGGGAGAUCGCCCCUCUCUGUCUUCGGAAGGAGGUGUACCCGUCCACAAGAUCUGUCCCCGCUGCCCUACACCUGUCUCCUACUCAUGCACAUUCCCCCAGCUCUUCCCUCUCAGCUCUUGCCUCUUGCUUCCUUUCGAGCCCCUUGGCUUUUCUUUCCAAGAAGUCCAGCUGCAGAGGAGCUGCUGCCAGCUCCCCCACUUCCUGUCACAUCUCCUCUUCCUCCAUUACCUCCUCAUCAAGCUCCUCAUCGUGGCACCCUUCAGCUUUCAUGCCCACAACUGACUCUGCUGCUGCGUUAGGUUCCUGCAGCAGUGAGGAACCCUCGGCGUGCGAGGCAGAGAGGAGACGUGAAGAGGAGGAUUAUGGCGAGGACACGAGUUCCUCCAGUCAGGAGUUUGAAGAUGUUCGGCUGAGAGAGGAAAAGACUGCGUCCAAUUUUGAAACAAAAGUUGUGAAGAAACGUGAGGAACGAGGAAAGGUGUCCUCCAUCAAGAUCCGUAGAACUUUACCCAAACCUCAGGCCAACCUGACACCCAUGGGUCUGCCCAAACCCAUCAGGUUGAAAAAGAAGGAGUUUAGUUUAGAGGAAAUUUACACAAAUAAGAAUUUCAACAAACCCCCUGAAAGCCGUCUGGAAACCAUAUUCGAGGUGCCUCUCAAUCGCAAGAACGGCUCCGAGUCCUGGUGCGGUCCGAGGCGCAAACGUUUCCUGGAGUUCCUGGAGGCCGGCACGGUCAGGAAACUAAAGAAAGUUCCUGUCGGAGCCGGGAAAGCGGGCGUCUCCUCCUCCAGGACGAGACGCAGCGGCGUCCCUAAAGACGAGCCGUCCCUCACCGUCCAGGACGUGGACUCGCUGCUCUGCACCAAACUGGACGAGUUGAGUCUGUGGCUGAUCCACGAUCAGAGGGACGGCUGA